UUGCUUGCCAUUGCUUCGUCAUUCUGCAUUGGUCCCGAUUUCUUAGCAUCGUAGCACAGUAGUUUGCUUCAGUCCUCCCUGCAUCUCCGGCGGAAGUUUUCAGGGCGCUUAAUGAGCAGGUCGCGGAUCGCACAAUCGCGUGUUCUUUCUCUGCGUGUUUCUGUGCGCAGUCGAGCCGCAUUUCCGCUGUGUAAGUUGUGGUGUUCUCUUGUUUGGCGGAAGUAGAGUGUUUGCGGAAUCUUGGUGUCGGGAGCGGCCUUUGGUGGCCUCUGCGGGGCUUUUUUCGAGUGUUUGCGAUGAGGAAAUCUCGAGAUCGAGGCAUCCUACUAUAUGGCAACUACAACUUUAUCCAUGAGCCCCAAAAGCCCUUUGAGAAGCGGUCCUGCUGCUCUGCAUUGCGACUGCUCUGCUCCUCCGAGGAACCAUGAAGCAAUGGAUGCUGAGUCGGUUGAACCGAAAUUAAGCUCCCCAGGAGCACAUCUUCAAAUCCAACUGGAGGAGAAGUAUUUAUUGGAGAAAAUUCCAUCUCCAAUCAGAGUAAAGCCCGUGAAGUCGACAGCUGAACCUUCCUCUCCUGAACUUUCUCCGCCUCCAUCACCGAAACGCAAGAGAGAGGUAGAAUUUAGCAGAGAUUUGAAGGAUGUUGCUUUUACAGCUGUUCUUCCUGCAAAGAACGUUGAUUUGCAUCGAUCCCAAUCAACUUUCUAGCUGAACUUGUGCUUUUAUUCAGCAUUGCAUCUCUUACAACGUUGCCGGUAUGUAGGCUUAGCAUCAGCGCACUUGGAUGCUAGUAGACAAAUUAUUGCCAAGAAAGAUCAAUAUGUCAUUUUCGUGGAGUUUUGCGUGCCAACUUGACGAGUCUUGCAGCAAAGCUGUAACUUAGUAGGUAAUGGAUGUCACCUUAGCAUUUAAAUUUCGUGGAGCUUGGGUGGGGUUUGAGGUAAUGUAAGCCAAUAUCAUAGUUGUACUCGUAACAGUCCAGUCUUGGUAAUAUGGAGAAGAGCCAAAGACGUGCAAGAGCUCGUCUUUCACUAUGUACAUAACUUGAACAGGAAACCAGCUCCUCUUCAUUUGGCUUUGUAUUUUAUAUCCGUGUACUGGAGUGUACAUUUCAUCUCAAGGAUGUUAUACUAUGUAGCCCUUGAGUGAUCUUUUGGCAAUAUGAAUUCCACACAUACUCAAAGCAGACAACUUAAUUUGA